CUUCCUGUAGAGAAAAUGUUAUUUUUGCUUUAUUUCCUAAGCAGUUUGUAAUAUAAUAUUCUUAGGGAAAGGGGAGGGGGCAGCAUUGAGCAUUGCAUUAUAGCAUGCGACACAACGUCAGUCAUCCUUACCAGGAACCAGUAAAACUAUAAAAAAAGUUGUGCCGCAAAUUAUAAUGCAAGGCACAAUGUAGAGUCAGCAUCCAUAUCGAUUAAUUUUAUACAUGAGUAUCCUCUACGAUUCAUUUGAUAAUCCGGUACUGUCGACCUGACAAUGCAGUUUUACCAUAAUUAUAUUGCUCUUCUUUUCCACGUCACUCUUUUCUCAUGUCAUACAUUUAACAAGGGGAGCUGACUCGCCAUGGGGCACAUUUGCACAUCAACCUAUGUACAAUAUGAACCCAGAAAUGGAAACGUACUUUGCGACAAAUAAGUUAUUUUUGUCGCGAAUAGGUAGUUGGCCGUACCAAAAGAAAAUGUUAAAAAUAUUAAUACCGUGUUUUGUCGUAAUAGUGCACUCUUCUGCCAUCGUGCACUCUUCUGCCAUCGUAACUCAGGCGCUACUAUUGUUCGACACUUGGGGUGAUAUCGACAUUGCCGUGGAAAUUAUGAUUAAUUUUGUUAUUGUUUUUGGUGGUACCGUAAAGUUAAUGAAUAUCGUUCUGAAUAAUGACAAAUUCCGACAACUACUGCAACAUAUGAGCGAACACUGGGAACUUUUUAAUAGCGAAUUCGAGCAUCAUAUUUUGAAGUAUUACGCUAGUAUCGGCCAAAAAAUAACAAGCUACUAUGGAGUAUAUGUAAUUGUGACUUUGACAUUGUAUUUGUCAAUUCCAUUGGCACCAAGAGUUUUGGACGUCGUAAUUCCAUUAAAUGAGUCAAGACCAUUGAUAUACGUCUAUCCGGCGGAAUAUAGAGUGGACAAAGAAAAGUACUAUUAUCCAAUUCUGUUUCAUUCUUGUCUUGCCUGUUCAAUUACAGGAAUAAUUUUGUUCACCGUCGAUACCACGUAUAUAGUAUGCGUGUUGCAUGCUUGCAGCCUAUUUACAGCUGUCAGCAAACGACUUGAAAAUAUAAUUGGCGAGUCAAACAUUAAAUCGGACGACGACGAAAACGUUCACACAGAGAUGCAUUAUCAUAUAUUUAUGGAAAAACAUAUUUCUAUCGGGAAUGAAUAUCGUCAAUUGAUAACGUGUUUGAAAAGACAUCAACUUGCAUUAGAAAACGCUCAGAUAUUGAACUCUGUAUUCACUUGUGCGACAACUAUUCUUCUAGGUACGAAUAUAAUGGUUUUGAGUGCAAUCGGAGUACAACUUAUCAAUUAUAUACAUACUGGAGAAGUAAUAAGAUACAUUUUCAUACUUUUCGGUACGUUCCUUCAUCUCGUAUGUAUGUGUAUUCCCGGACAAUUGCUGAUAAAUCGAAGCGCAGAAAUUUUUGACAAGGCGUACAGUUCAGAAUGGUAUACGUUUUCCAAAGAAACUAGAAAAUUGUUAACAAUACUUCUUUACAGAAGUCUCGUUCCGUGUAAACUCACGGCUGGAAAGAUCUUUGUUAUGUCUAUGACUAUGAUAAGUACGGUUAUAUUUUUGCUGAAGCACACAGAUGAUGUGGAUGAAAUGGUUGAAGUCAUGCCAACACUAACUGGCACAGUGCUGUGUCUUGCGAAAAUGUACAGCUUGAUUAAAAAUUCCAAAAUGUUUAAGGAACUUCUGCAACAUACGCAAGAUGACUGGAACAAUCUAUUGACGAAAGAAGAAACGCAAAUUUUAUUGCGUUACGCUGAAAAGAAUCGAAUAAUCACGUUGGUGUAUUCAAUUACCCUAAACGGAUUAUUAAUGUGCUACGCUAUGCUACCUCUCACCGCACCUAUACUUGAUAUCAUCUCACCCUUGAAUGAAACAAGACCGAAAAGAAUGCCACAUCCCGUGGAUUUUGUUAUUUUCGAUCCAAAGAAGCAUUAUUACAAAUUUUUGUUCUCCAGUUUUAUUGGUUACUCUGCGUGUGGCGCGAUCGCAGUAGCUGCCGAUACUUUGUACAUUUUUCUGGUGGAACAUACUUGCGGAAUGUACAGCAUACUGUGUUAUCGCUUGAAGAAUUUACCGGUGCAUGAUAAACUACAAUGGGUAGACACUGAUUACAUACAUAAGGAAAUUACUCAACAUGUUCGACUUUGCAUUCAGCUGCAUGAAAGAAUAAAACUAUAUAUAGAGACGAUGGAAUAUACACUGGCGGAGUUUCUCUUUUGCGAUGUUGGAUUCGGAUGUCUUUUGAAUACUUGUUCAUGCAUUAUGAUCGUAUAUCGAAUGGGAUCGUCUGAAAUUAUGCGACAUGCAGCUCUUACGUUAAUGCAAAGCUUUCGAUUGUUUUUCAGUAGUUGGGCCGGGCAACAAGUGACCGAUCAUAGCAGCGAAGUCUCAAUAGCAGCUUAUAAUGGAAAAUGGUACAAUGCGUCAACAAAGGUGCAAAAGUUACUGUUGUUCCUAAUCAUGAGAAGUCAGAAGGUCUGCCAAAUAACAAUCGCAAAGUUAUACGUCAUCAAUUUAGAAGGUUUCAGUAAGAUAAUGAAAACAUCAGUUUCCUAUUGCACGGUGAUGAUUUCGAUACGCGAACCGUGAAAGAAUCAAGAUUUCUGAAACAUUUUCCACUCGCAUACACUUUCUAGUCUUUUGUAUGCCAAGAACUCAGGUGUUAUUGUACGAAAGCAUAUGAAGCAUCUAGAAUAAACGUAAAUAUAGACUUGUAUAAAGUAAUAAAUAAAUUACGCUUGUGCUAGUUAA